AUGGCGUGCAAAACGUCGUUCGAACUUCAUCACCAUUUCCCUAAGUUGGCUGAAGAAUCAGGGUUCACUUUUAACACCCAUCGACCGCGGAUCCAUAUAGACUGGAACAGAAUUAGACUGAUAGAUAUAGAUAGUUUGAUAAAAGACAGAAAAUUUGUUGUCAUUGAGCAACACUUAAAUGACAUAUUGGAUUGCGUUAUAGAGUCCGAAUUUGAUGUUCGUAUACUUGAUGAAGGUGUUAUGAAACUGUUUAGACUUGCGCAACUGGCUGUCGAAUAUCAACAAUUUUGUCGUCAUUACCUAGAUCGAAGUGUAUACGUAUUACGUGAAGAAAUUACUUCGCUGGCUCAGGAAUUAGAUACGUGCAAAAAAGACCUUCGAGAGAGAGAUGAAGAAAUAAGAAGACUUAGAAAAAGAUCUCGAAAUAAUUUUAAAACUCCUUUGCCUUACGGCAAUGACAACAUAGCUACAAUGAUUUUAAAAACUCUGUCUCAUAAAGGCGAUAUAUUUCCCACAACAUCGAACGAUGCAUUACAAUACAAUAAAUGCAGCUAUUGCGACAAAGUAUUUCUCAAUCAAUUGUAUUUGAGAAGCCAUAUUGCUAGAAGACAUUCAAAUGUCAUAGAGACACCACAGAAAGAUAAACAAGAAAACACUACAAAUAAUGAAAAUAGUAAGUUAAGUGCAGAAAUGAACGAACUUAAAAACAAACUGAGAGAAAUGGAAUUAAUAAUAGCAAACACAAAGAAUCAAAGUAAUCCAGCGAUUGAAAUAACCCCCAAGAUUGUUGAUGCAAUUAAAGAACACAAAAAAGAUGUAAAGGAUGCGGAAGUAUCAACUAACAAUGAAGAUUAUUUAUUGAACAAAAUUGAAGAAUGGAAAAAAGAGGAACACGAAAAUUACAAUAAAGAAAUGGAUAAGUUGAGAAGUCAAAUAAUCGAAUCCAUAAAGUCUAUUAAAGAAAAAGAAACCAAAAAUCCUUUACCAGCUGAGCCUAAUAUAAUUAUAGAAUUACACGAUACAAUAAAACAGCAAUGUGCAGAAAUAUUAGCUUUAAAAAAAGAGCUCAACGAUUCCAGGAUUAGGACUGAAAAAGACAAGGCUGAACGAAACAAAGAAACUGAAGCACAAAUAUUACUUUGGUCAAAUCGAGCAGAAGUUCAAUCCAGGCAAUAUGAACUAUUGCUUCAGAAGUUGAACGAUGUUGCCAAAGACGCUAAAGAAUCUCGCGCUCUCGCAGAAGCAGAGAGGGAACGAGCUGCUCAGCUACAAAUAUUGUUACAACAAAGAAUUAAUACUAAAACAAAUGGACAUAUUGACAGCACUGAUGAUGCACCGACACCAUCUAAGAAGCCUAACUAUUCUGAUACUAGGAAAAAGCCUAUGAAAAAGAAAACGAAUUCAAAUACACCUGAUCAAGAAGCUGAACGCAAAACCCUGGAACAGCUCCAUCGUAAAGCUCAAGAGUUAUUAAAUAUUGAUUCGAUGACUUCUAGUUCUUCAGAUAUUUCAAGUGAAGAAAUUAAAAAGCCAUUGCUUACAAAGUCUUUAGAUAUAAAAGGAACUAACGUCAAUAAAAAUGAAAAGUCGAAUAAAAGUUUUAAGAAAGUUGAAGAUAAACAUCAGCAAAAGUCUAACGGACGUGAGGCGCAGGCAAUGAAUGAACAGGCAACAACGAAACGAAAAGCUAAAAUAAAGAAAGAAAAUGCAAAAUCUAAUCACAUUAAAAUAUCAAAAGAAGUUACGCUACCUGAGAAGCUAACUGUUCCUGGAAGCCCGAUGAAAGUUGUAAGGGCGAAAAUAACUGAAGAAGUAAAUAGCCGAUUAGUAUUGGCUGGAGUGGACCCGUUAAAACAGAGACUACCUCGAAGUGUUUUCCAAAAACAACGGUUGCAGAUACACCAACAGCAAGAACUGAAAGCAAAGAAAAAUUCUGCUCACGAAAAAGUGAGACAUACAAUUCUAGCGUAUUUGGACGCAAGUACAACAGAUUUAAAAAAGGAAGUUCCUCAAAUACAGGAUUACGUCUCUCCAACAAAGACAACAAUAAAACCAUUCAAAAACAUCACAAGUGUUAUUUCCAAUGUCAAAACAAAAGCAUUAUCGUUUGUGAAAAUGAAUGACACAAAUGCUAAAGAUAAGCGUAAAUCGAUAAGUUCUGAAGUUGCAAAACGCGCAAUGUCUUUAUUGAAAACUCCUCCGGGUUCUACAUCGACAAGCCCUAUAGCUGAAAAACGCAAUCAAAAUGUAUCCAAAAAAGCUUUGAAUACGAAUUUACCAGAUCAUGAGCCAAGUAUCAAUAAUUCUAUCAAAAGUUCUCCAAAAAUGUUGAAUAACGCAACUACGACUUAUGAUUCUGGUGACGGUUCAGAUGAAAGCGGUCACAAUUAUUACAAUACAACGAAAGUGCAACAAAAUUCAAAGUCCAUUGAAAACCUUAUCAAGUCUCCAGCACGUAGACCUUCUUCUGCCGCGGCUGACUACAACCACACAUUAGUUAAAAAAUAUACUAUUAGUGAUGAUCACUUAUUACGAACACAAUCAGCCACUAGUUUGCUUGAACGACCUUUAAUUUCAAAUGAAAACAAAAACGAUGCUCCAGUGGGAAAUCAAGAAAAUAGCAGUGAUAAUUCUGAAUCACUAUUAGACUUACCUGCGAAAAAGAAUCAAUUGGUUAACAAUACUGACAAUAUUAUCAAACAAACAAAAAGUGUGUUGAAAAAUGCUUCUUCCACAUCGUCAUUAAAUAAAAAGAAGGUACUUUUUGAUAUGGAUGCAAUUCAAAUGAAAUCUGUAAGUGCAUCUCCAUCACAAAGCAUUACUGAAAAAAGUGAUGGAAACGAAAAAUAUGAACUAGGUUUGGUUAAUCUUGAUGCUGACGAAUGGGAUAUAUCCAGCAUCGAAAACGAGCCGCUAAAAAAUGACACAAGAAUUCAAAAUAUUACAACUCACACCACUAGUCCAAAGAUAGCGGAAUUAAAACUGAAAAUUGAAUCACAGUUAGCACGACGCAACGAUACGCCCACUGCGCCGCUCGUUGGAGCAGUAGAUGUUUUGGCUGGUUCGAUGGCAAAAGCCUCAAGUUUGGCCGGUAGUAACACCAGCCUUGGCAGUUCAAUCCUAGACGAUUCCGAAAGUGUACCAGUAAUAAGUCAGAAAACCUUCGUGAAACCUAAGCCUAUAAGAGUUGCCGCCAAAGAUGAAAGUGACAUAGACAUCUCGGAAUUCAGUAUGGAUGGCAUAGUUAAUAAGAAUGAAUCUUUUUGA